UAUUCACAGCCUGGAAAGGCGUCUGCAUCUGCAAAACUGUCAACUCGGGUGAAGUUGCGAUUGAAAAUCGCCAAAAUUCAUAAUAAAACUGUGGAAAAAUCGUAAUGUUUUGAUAAUUGAGCAUUGAUUGCCAAUCGUAGAUGUUGUGCGGGACACGGUUUUUCGAAAUGUGACCAUAAAACAGUCGGUUUUAUUUACAAACAACGUCCACUCAGUUUCAAAGUGUGUGAAAGCCAUGGCCGAUCCAAAAGAGUUUCUCAGCGACCCCAAUAUCAUGACCGACUUAAAUCAGACUGAUCCGAGUCUUGUCGAUAACAUGUUCUCACCGGACACAGACAACUUACAGAUGAUUGAUAGUUUCCUCACUAAUGUGUCCCUUGGUACAGAGCCCACUGAUCUGGGUGAAUCCCUGACCGAUACUUUGGCAGACCUUCAAUCCCAUGAACAAGAAUCCAGUCUGAAGGAGGCGGACAAGGAUAAUUGCAAUUCCAGCGAAGUGCAACAUGUUGAAAGCCCCACAGCCACUGCAGAAGGCUUUGCUUUUAAGUGUAUCUAUUGCGAUCAUAUUCUGACUGCUUCGGAUAAUCCUAAGCUGCUGGAAUGCCUGCACAAUGCUUGCACCAAUUGUAUUAAUGCGAAACUAUUUGAAAAUAAUGAGUCUUCUGGUUCAGCUGGCAAUCAGAUCACUUGCCCCACAUGCAACAUCCCGUGCGAAGCAUCCAGAUUAAUUGAAAAUCACUUUCUCAUUGAACUGACCAAUAGUGACGAGAGCAGCAAUGCUUCCAAGGUGACUGAUCUCAAAUGCAGCAGCUGCAGCGAUGAGGCGCCGGCCUCCAGCUACUGUGCUGAUUGUUCCGAAUUCAUUUGUGAUAACUGUGUUCAAGCUCAUCAGAGAUUAAAGAUAACCAAGGAUCAUACAAUUAAAUCUAAGGAGGAGGGCUUGAAUGAGUUGAAUGCCCUGAACAAUGGCCAUGCCAGUUUGUUUUGCGCGAAUCAUCCCCAUGAGAAGCUCUCACUCUUUUGUGAAACAUGCGACAAACUCACAUGCAGAGACUGCCAAUUGAUCGAACAUCGAGAGCACAAGUAUCAGUUUACCAAUGAAAUUGCAUCAGAAGCAAAGAAGUACAUCGCUGACAUGCUUAAAGAUGUUGGUUAUAAAAGAGCCCUACUUACCAGUGCAAUGAAGGUAAUUGACGAUAGGCAAAGCUUGAUAACUGAGAAAAAGCAGGCAUUGGUGAAGGAAAUCACCCAGCUUGUAGUGAAAUUGACUCAAACAGUCAGCACUCGUGGGAAACAGCUGGUGGGAAAACUGACCGAAGUCUGCGAUUCGAAGCAAAAAACACUUCAAGAGAAAAAGCUGGCUCUUGAGCAGCUUUCUAAAAUGACAGAUCACUGCAUCGAGUUCACUCAGUAUGCUCUGGAUCAUGGUAAUGAUAUGGCGCUGCUCUACAGCAAGAAGCAAGUCACUGAGCACCUGAAACGGAUCAAAUGCAAGCGGGCAGACAUACCAAACCCUGAGAUUCCAGUGCGAAUCCACCUCGCUUUGGACAAAGUGCCCGAUUUAAUCAAAGUAAUGUCUACGAUUGGUCAGAUUGUUGUGGAUGGACGAGUGUACCCUUCGCAGGCGACUUCUCCAGGAGUCCCUUCGUAUCAUCCAAAUCAGUCCCCCAGCCCAGGACAAAUGCGGCCAACUUCGCAACAGUCUCCGAUAAGUCCUUUAGUCCAGCAAACGUCUCCAUCUGGAUUCCCACCCACUCCUCAACAGCAGCAACAAUCACAAGUGGGCAUUCGCAUGGGAAAUCCACCCUUAUAUGGACAAUACGCAUCGAAUAACCAGCAAUAUUCGCAAUUGAUGCAGAGCAUCAGCCAGAAUAACAACCCAAACCUCUCCCAACAAUUUGGAUCAAAUAUCAAUAGUCUGCAAAAUCGUAUGCCAAGCAUGGGUCCCCCCAAUUUGAAUAAUAUGCAGCUCGCAGCAAUUUCGCUGACCAGAAUGCAAAGACCGAUCCUACAGCGGUCGUCUAUGCCGAGGAUGCCGAAUAAUCCCAUGGGCCUCAACCAGCAACAGCAACAGGUAUCCUCGUCCACUCAUCCCCAUGGCAUGAUGCACGAUAGGAGUAACUUGAGGCAUCUGUUGCAACCCCACAAUAGUAAUGCUAUUUAUAUACAAACCGGCCCAUCGCAAUAUCAAGCUAUUCAAUCGUCUCAGUUUCAAUGCCGAUUUCCAAACCCAUCCGUCAGAUUCAGCAAUCAGCAGCCACAGCAGGUGCGGAUGCUCAUCCCUACUCAACAGGGCCAGGGCCGAAUGAUCGUCCAAAGCAAGUCUCAACAGGAUUUUGCUAAUUCCGCCCCUGUUGGAACUGGGGCCAAGUGGCACACGCCUCAGCAAACCAACGACUCAAGCAACCAGCUACAGAACCGAUCGGGUUCCAGUAUGCCGACUAUUAACGACAAUUUCAAGAUAACUUUACGGCAACAGCCGGAAACGAACAAAAAUCCUCCAGCGACAGUCACCUCGACAAUUCCAAAAACUCCUAGUCCCAAUCACAUACAGGGACAUCAAGACACCGAGCGAAGCUUGGACAAGUUUUGCGAAGAGUCUGUUAAAGAUCUGAUGGCCACCAUAGCAAAGCUCGACUCUAAUGGCGUUCAAGUGCUUGCGGAAGGACGGCAGAAAGGCGGCUCGCCCCAUGUGGAUAGUUCGACAGGGGACGCCACUCCAGCUCCUAAAAUCAAGGCAGAAAUGAUGGAGACAAGCAAAGACGAUCCGAAUGAAGACUGGUGUGCCGUGUGUAUGGAUGGGGGAGAACUGGUGUGUUGUGACAAGUGUCCUAAAGUUUUCCAUCAGUAUUGUCAUAUACCAAACCUUAGCGUUGAAGAAAAUGAUACUUGGCAGUGUCUGCUUUGCAUGAACUUUUCUGAUAUUCCCGAAAACCUCCUGCAUGAGAAGGCAGACCAGGAGCUGAGCGUGAGGAAACGAAAGAUUGCCGAACGCCUGGUCUUAGAAUUGUACUGUCAGUAUGAAACUAGUUUACCCUUCAGGGAGAUUAUUGGUCCUGAGAAUACUGAGUACCAUGAAAUAAUCAAGAAACCCAUCGCACUAGAUGUAAUCCGCCAAAAGCUAAACUGGAAUGUUGAAAACCAUUAUAGAAACAUCGACGAGCUGGUAAAAGACGUUCGUCUCAUGUUCAUGAACGCGUAUACGUUCAACUCGGUUGACUCGCAAGUCUACUCGGACGCAAAAACGUUGGAAAAGUUCUUCGACGAACAGCUGGAAAAGUUUCUGCCCGAAUAUGUGCAUCCAAGAGCGCAGGUUGCGGACAAUGACGACGAUCUGCAACCCCCCGGCAAGAAAUAUCGGAGAAUUAUAAACGACUGACAAAUAGUUCAUGGGGCGAAUAAUACCGUGUAUUUCUCCCUGUGAAUUUAAUCGUAGCAUGGAACACUACACAAAAUCCUCAUUGGAUGCUUCACCUGUACAUAACAGUGACUUCAAAUCGGGCAAACACAUGACAAUUUAAUUAGGGGUAUUCGUAAAAGACUAAUUCAUUAUUUGAUACCAAGAUUUGAGUUGCGUUUAAUAUUUCAUUUUGAAAGUUGUUGCGCAAAAAUAACGCCUUAAGCCUCUGUCCCAUGCAUCCGUUUAUAGGAUGAUACAAAAGUGUUUCGUCGUACGAACUGAAACCUCUAACCAAUAGAAACAUUCGCUUUAAUCUACCGGCAUCUGCUGAAUUGAAUGACGUAAUUUCUUAAGAGCAUACAAAUUAAUUGUGGGAAGUCAAUUAGACGUGGAAAAACGUAUCAGUAUUUUAUCGGAAAACCGCAAUCUCUACAUGCCAGCGGGAGGGUUUUCGAGCAGUUGCGGAUAUUUUUGCCUAUCAUAUAUCAUAAUUUUCUCCUGUAAUAUGCAAUUUUAAACGAGCGAAACGUUGAAUUCUUGAUAAAAUUAUACUUAACAUUAAAGAGAGUCGAUAUCAGAUGACUUUCGCAAUUAGUGAAGUUCAAAAAGUACAUUUUUUGCGAACACUUCAUUCACGUGCAAACUGCGGCUGUAGACAAGAUGUAUUAUAAUGCAUAGUGCAUGACAAACAGUUUGUUAUUUCGGUAAAUUUUACAUAUCGAACGAUUAUUAUUUUUAGUAUUUAGUGUGAAUAGUCAACUGCAAUUGUUAUUCCUCUGUCGAGUUCGAUCGAGUUCUAUUGAGCAUAAAUCUUCAUGGGCUAGAUACCUAAGCAUAGGGAUUAUGUACAGAAUGAUAUUUUAAUAUUAUAAUCCUCGAUAUGACAAGGUAUAAUGCUUCCUAUUUGUAUGGGUGUGGACUUUUAUAUACAUCGUAUACUUUCAUGCUCCCAUUUGACACCGACAACAUGGUUUGGAACAAUUGGAGCAUGUUUCGUUAUAUUAAGUUUACGCAUUCUCAGAUAUUUAUUUACAGUUUGCGGUUCAUCUCUUGUAUUAGCAACUGGUUUUGCUAUUUUACAUUCGAAGCAAUCGUUUGAUAACAAAACUAGGCAUUGUCAUUCACGUUUCUUGUUAGUCUGCUAAAUGUUAUAGUGUUAAAUAUUUGACAAUAUAUCUUUUAUACAAUCAAAUUAUCUCCACGGAUUUUGUAAAAACACAAAAACGAUUUUGUUUCAUUGUAAUUUAAGCCACGUUGCGCUGGAAAGUUUCGGAUAACCGUCGAAAUGACUGUUGCUGAAAUAUUUCGGAAUUAUAGUUUGUAAGCCUAGUUUAUACCGGUAAAACAUACUGCUGCCUAGAAUAAAUAAAUUAUGAAAUUGCCCGGAUUUACUAUAGCAUGAUAUUGUAGAUGUAAGGUUUGCGUUUGGCAAAUAGAUAGUUAUUUGAG